CGCUGCGAUGACUGGGGGCUGGAUACCAUGAGACAAAUUCAAGUAUUUGAAGAUGAGCCAGCUCGCAUCAAGUGCCCACUCUUUGAGCAUUUCUUGAAAUAUAACUACAGCACGGCCCAUUCAGCUGGACUCACCCUGAUCUGGUAUUGGACAGGACAGGAUCGGGACCUUGAGGAACCCAUAAACUUCCGCCUUCCGGAGAACCGCAUUAUUAAGGAGAAAGAUGUGCUCUGGUUCCGCCCUACUCUUCUCAAUGACACAGGCAACUACACCUGCAUGUUAAGGAAUACUACUUAUUGCAGCAAAGUUGCAUUUCCCCUGGAAGUUGUUCAAAAGGACAGAUGCUUCAGAUCCCCCAUGAAACUCCCAAUAUAUAGACUGUAUCUAGAACAUAUGCUUCAGAAGAUCACUUGCCCAAAUAUAGAUGGAUUUUUUACUUCCAGUGUCAAACCAACCAUAACUUGGUAUAAGGGCUGUACCAAAGUACAUGACUUUAAUUUUGUAAAGCCAGAAGGCAUGAACUUGAGUUUUACCUUUACUACUGUUUCACUUAAUGGCAAUUACUCAUGUGUUGUUACAUAUCCAGAAAAUGGACGAACCUUCCAUCUUACCAGAAGUUUUACUGUAAGGGUGGUAGGCUCACCAGGAGAUGCAUUGCCCCCCCAGAUCCGUUCACCCAAUGACAUUGUUAUCUAUGAGAAAGAACCAGGAGAGGAUCUCCUUAUCCCCUGUAAAGUUGAUUUCACUUUCCUGAAGGAUUCUCGAAACGAGGUUUGGUGGACCAUUGAUGGGAAAAAACCUGAUGACACGAAUAUGGAUGUAAUGGUCAAUGAAAGUAUGAGUUAUACUCAAAUUGAAGAUGAAACCAGAAUUCAGAUUUUAACCAUCAAGAAAGUUACCCCAGAGGAUCUCAAGCGAAGCUAUGUCUGUCAUGCUAGAAAUGCCAAAGGGGAGGUUAAUAUGACAGCUACGGUGAAACAGAAAGUGGUAACUCCCAGGUACACAGUGGAACUGGCUUGCGGUUUUGGAGUCACAGUCUUGCUGGUGGUGAUUCUCAUUGUUGUUUACCAUGUUUACUGGCUGGAGAUGGUCCUGUUUUACCGGGCUCAUUUUGGAACAGAUGAAACCAUUUUAGAUGGGAAAGAGUAUGAUAUUUAUGUAUCAUAUGCAAGGAAUGCUGAAGAAGAAGAAUUUGUGUUACUGACCCUCCGUGGAGUUUUGGAGAAUGAAUUUGGAUAUAAGCUGUGCAUCUUCGACCGAGACAGUCUCCCUGGGGGAAACACGGUGGAGGCAGUUUUUGACUUCAUUCAGAGAAGCCGAAGGAUGAUUGUUGUCCUAAGCCCAGACUAUGUGACAGAAAAGAGCAUCAGCAUGCUGGAGUUUAAACUGGGGGUUAUGUGCCAGAACUCCAUUGCCACCAAACUCAUUGUGGUUGAGUACCGUCCCCUUGAGCAUCCACACCCAGGCAUCCUACAGCUGAAAGAAUCUGUGGCUUUUGUGAGCUGGAAGGGAGAAAAGUCCAAACAUUCUGGCUCCAAAUUCUGGAAGGCUUUGAGGUUGGCUCUUCCCUUGAGAAGUCUGAGUGCCAGCUCUGGCUGGAAUGAGAGCUGCUCUUCCCAGUCUGACAUCAGUCUGGACCAUGUUCAAAAGAGGAAAAGUCGUUUGAAAGAGCCCCCAGGACUCCAUAACUCAGGGAGAGCUGAAGGUUCUUCUUCAGUCCCAGGCUCCAUGUCCAAGCACAGAGGGAAGCCCUCUGCAACCUGUCGCUGUUGCGUCACCUACUGUGAAGGAGAGAGUCACCUUAGGAGCAAGAGCCGGGCAGAGAUUCAUACCCAACCCCAGUGGGAGACACAUCUCUGUAAGCCUGUCCCCCAAGAGUCACAAACCCAGUGGAUACAAAAUGGCUCCAAACUGGAACCACCUGUUCCCCAGAUCUCAGCCCUUGCUCUUCACCAUUUCACGGAUUUGUCUAAUAACAACGACUUUUAUAUCCUAUAAUUAAUUUGUGGUGGAUGAUGACUGCUCUUUUGACCUACCCUAUUUGUGAAAUGAAUUUAUGGGAAUAACUGACAUUUUUACCAUCUAAUGGACUUUCAGAUUGUGUCCUCAUAAUUGAUUUUUAAAAACUAUUUAUUUCUAGGAGACAAAAGACCUGAAGGACCUGAAUCCAGAAUUAUUGCCUCUAAUGGCCUCAGAAGAGCACACUCUUCUUGGGUCCUUGAAGGUCAGUAUGUGAAAGAUGUCUGAAGUUUGAUCCUCUAUUCUGCCCAAGAUUUAAAACCAAGUAAACUAUUUAAAUGUGCAUUCUUUGCGCCUGUUGGCCAACUUUACAUUAUAAGUCAUUCAGGUACAUACAGUUGGGUUACACCAAUUACAGCAUAUGUGUCUUCAAAGGUAAGGUCACAGAAAGGAGCUGGUUUGGUGGAAGCUGUAGGGUUAAGCUCCACCCUACAGUUUUUCCAACAGAAAACCUACAGCACAUUUUCUCUCAAAGAAUCAAAUAUAUCUAUACAUGGUGUUCCCUGUCUCACUGUACAUGAGUGGUCUCUUAACUGCCUAAAAUUGUUAGCAUCAAUAAAGCUAUAUUUUUA